ACCAAAGGAAAAGGAUGGUUUGAUAUGCCAGUUCAGGAAAUGACAGAAGAAAAGUUGAAUGACCUGAAGAUUAUUCAAAUGAGGGGCAUGCUUGACCCGAAACACUUUUAUAAGAAAACUGAUGCUAGACCUGGCGUGCUUCCGAAAUUUUUUCAGACUGGUACUGUGGUGGAAACAUCUGCAGACUUCUACAGUGAUCGAAUUCCCAAGAAGGAAAGAAAAACUACCUUGGUGGAUGAACUACUUCACGAUGCCGAAUUUAAAAGGUUAUUUUAUACUUUUUAA